GCGCAGUCAGAGAGCCGUGGGCUGUUUGGUGCGGCUGUAUAUGCGUCAGCUUUUGCGCAGACCUUCUCGAACCCAAACAAAAAGAGAAACUGCGAUCGAUUAAUCAGCAGCCGAUCUGCGUCUCUGUGGGUCCGUGUUGAGUCCGUCACGACCAUCUCAAACCCCUAGCAGCGACCCCGAGGAGUGUGAGAGCCGGUGAAGGCGGAGGUUUUACCGGAGCCGGUUCGGAACAGCGCAGGUUCGGUUCGUGUUCGGUUCUUUAGGAAGUGAUGAUCAACCAUGAUCAUCUCCUGACCCAAAGGGCAUCAGAAGCACACAAAGAGAAAGCUCUUCUCCUGCGCAGAGAUUCAGAACCGAUCCGGUUCGCCCGGAGGGCGUGAUUAGCUUUAGCUUUAGCAUGACAGCAACAAUGCGCUGAUUCCGAUCCAUUUCAUCAUCUUUCCACAGGCUCGUGGAUGAUCCGGCCGUCUCUAUGGAGGUUCCUCAGAUGACACGUGGCUUCAGUGCUCAGGGAUUUGGGGCAUGGUGACUGCUGUCCGUCAGCCAGAGCAGCGGCGUCUAGCAAGGGCCGUCUGGACCUGAAGGAAGACCUCUGAGACGUGGACGCCCAGGGCGAUCGAUACGGGAACGAGAUGGGUCAGUGUGUGACUAAAUGUAAAAACCCCACAUCCUCUUUGGGCAGUAAAAGUGGCGAAAAGGAUGCCGGGAAAUCGCACGGUAAAAAAGGAGGUGGUUCAAGCGGCACGCACACAGAGGAAGUGGCCAAGUCCUCCGCCGAUGUCAUAUUCAACGGCACUAAAGUGUCGGAGGUGACCGUGGAGAGCAGCACGGCUCCGGCCGUCUCCGCAGAAGUGCAGCGGGAGACGAGCGCGCAGGACGCUGGAGGAGUGUCGCUCGCUCAGAUCGACGACUUGUUCUCCUGUUAUAAGGACGAGUAUGAAGAUGCCAUCCUGGAGGAGGGGAUGGAGCGCUUCUGCAAUGAUCUGUGCGUCGAUCCGGCCGAGUUCAGAGUGCUGGUGCUGGCGUGGAAGUUCCAGGCUGCUACCAUGUGCAAGUUUACAAGGAGGGAGUUUGUGGAGGGCUGUAAGGCGAUCCAAGCCGACAGUAUCCCGGGCAUCUGCUCUCGGUUCUCUGUGCUGCUAGAGGAGUCCCGUGGAGAAGAGAGUUUUAAAGAUCUCUACCGCUUCACCUUCCAGUUCGGGCUGGACGCCGAGCAGGGUCAGCGUUCGCUGCAGCGCUCCAUCGCCAUCGCGCUGUGGCGGCUCGUCUUCACACUGGACACGCCGCCGCUGCUGGAGCACUGGCUGGACUUCCUGUCGGAGAAUCCGUGUGCCGUGCGCGGGAUCUCUCGCGACACCUGGAACAUGUUUCUGAACUUCACGCAGAGCAUCGGCCAGGACCUCAGCAACUACAGCGAGGACGAGGCCUGGCCCAGCCUCUUCGACUCCUUCGUGGAGUGGGAGAUGGAGAGACGGCGGAGAGAACAGUCGGACUCUGAGGCCGCGGCCGUGUGGCCGGGAGAGCUCGGGAGGAGCAGGGGAGGGAAACACUCUUCUGUUGAGGAGAAGCUGGAUGAAUAUUUAAUCAACCUGCAGCAUAAAAACAGGGCGUUGAGAAGACUGCAGAGGAAGGAUCCUCGACAGGCCGAGUUGGAGCUUUUAGAGCAAGGCUUCAAUCUGUACAUCAACGGCGCUCAUGUGAGCCGAUCCAGCAGGAAAAGCAUCCAGCCUUCACUAGCGGCCCAUCCGCCGACACUGAGAAACACACACACUGCAGGUAAACCCUCGCCUCACGCUCGUGUGUGAACGCAAGCUUCCCGUGACUGUCUGAAUGACUUCUAGUGGCCUGUUCACAUAGAGAGCGGAGAGAAGCGUGCGAUAGAUCGACAGCAACAGAGGAGCCACACAGCGCCGGAGAAAACACAGAGACGACGAUGGGUGCAGGAAUCUGUGUACAUCUGCACUGAGAAAGGAAGUAAAGUGAAGAUUUCACCAGAGCACAGAUACUCAGAUGACUUUGAGCCAUGCGAGAGUGUGGAUAUAGAGUCUGCUCAUGACGGCAGUAAAGCGCCACGUUCUGUGGAUCUGAUGUCACGUAGCGAGCCGGAGCCUGUCGACAGAGUUCUUCUGAAUGCUGACCAGGUCAAGGCGCUGCGAUGCAGCCUGGAGCUGAGCGUCAGACGCAGCGAUCGAGACUCAGACGGAGAGGAGUCAGAGGAGGAAUGGAUCGAGGAGCAGAUCGAGAGAGAGGAGAGCAGCGACAGCCUUCCUGACCUCACACUUCCUGCCCAACCUACAAGCCAGCCAAUCAGCAAGCAGCUCAGCCAUGGUGACCUCAUCAUGCUGGAAUUCAGCCCUUCCUCACAAGGUGGACGAAAGAUCGAGCGCGCUCUCUCAGCUCAAAGAAAAGACAACGUGGAGUCGUACAUCCCCACCAAACCAGUGACCGUCAGGAGACCGACGGAGAGAACGUCUGGAAGCAGACCGGAGACGUCACUGCCAUGCAGUUGUGUAGAGCGCCCCCUGUCUGCGGCUCGUAAGGUGCAGGAGGAGCCAGAUUCGGAGGAAACGGCAGCCCUGCAGAGAGAAAACACACCGGUAGAGCUUCAUUUACAUCAGCAGAUCAGUUCCAGCACAUGUCUGUAAACUGCUUUGUCAUACUCGUACAUAAAUGAUCGAUACCGUAGCCUAAUACAGAUGACAAGACUGUGAAAUCUCUGUUUUAAGGAGGAGGAGGAGGAGGAUGAUGAUCAGUAUCGGGUUAACAGAGCUAUGCGGAGUAUCUCUCUCAUGGAACCGAGGCAGCAGAAGUGUUUGUUAAAGGCUCUGGAGAGGAUUGAUGUCGCUGACACCAGCAGUUUCUCUCUGACGGUGAGUGUAUCUGAUUUAACACACACUGUACUGUCAACGCUUGACCAGACUAGUUCACCAAGCGCUUUGUUUUCUACACAGCCGAGGGAAGCAUCUCCGCAGGUGACGCCCGCUCUUUACGUUAGCAUUGAGAUCCUGUCAAACUGGGGUCACCCGGGUCAGGUGGGGCUCACAGAAGUGCAGUUCUUCUGUCCACAAAAUCACAAACUCUUCGUGUCUCCACAUGACCUGGACAUUCGCAACAUGGAUCAGCCCGGGAAUCUGGCCGCCCUCGUCAACGGAAAAACUAAAACCACAAAAGAGCGUCACAUGUGGACUUGUCCGUUCCAUCCGCCCGUCCAGCUUUAUUUUAUCAUCAGGAAUGUGGAACGAUCUCCGAACUUCAGCAUCUCUCGGAUCAAAAUUUGGAAUUAUAACCGCAGCCUUAAUGAUCUGGACGUCGGUGCGCGACACGUUCGCUUGCACGUGAACAGCACUCUGGUGUUCGAGGGUCAGUUGGAGAAGGGCUGUGGUAACCAGGUCUUUGACUACAGCAGCUCCAUUGAGCUCCAGGAACCACAUCUCCCAGAAUGCACCUCUCCGAGCCCGGUCUCUUCAGGACACAGUCUGCAAGACUGCAGCCCACAUGAGCCAGAGACUCAGGAGUCGAACGCUGGUGUUUCAGUGGUAGAAACAAACCAGGACAAAUCUGAUGUAGUUAACCCUGGAAGCAGUGUGGCAGAAAUGCAGAGAGACUCUCUAGAAAGACACGACUCUUCUCCUCUGGACCUCACGUUACCCGCCGGCCGGACAGAGACGAUGAAGACUGUGACCACGCAACCGUCCUCCAGUCGGAUUCCACACUGGCUCCAAACGAUGAAUCGAACUGCAGCGAAUGAUGCCGAAGCGUAUCGGGAACGAGAGCGUCCUCGGUGGCUCCAGGCACAAAACACAACCCAAUCCAAACACUCAGUGCUCCCUGACGUCUCGUGCAACGCUGUAAGCGCAUGCAAACAAGCCUCCAGCCACAAGGGCCCACACAGAACCGUGUCCGAGCAGCACUUGAGCGAUCGUUUGGACCAGGAUUUGGCUCUGUGGGAUGAGCAGUUCGAGCGGACCGAGCGGCCCAUCAGUGGCAGGAGAAAUUCAGCACAAUCUGUGAAGAAGACACAACCGAAUCUCAUGACCGAGUUCACCACAACAGCUAUAGAGGAAAGCAGCCCAAGGUCCGACUGUAACCGAAGACCGAAACCACAUUGGUGUGAACCGGACGACCCGUUAAUGGAGUCCUGGGACUCGUUAACAAAGUUUAACCAGAGUCAGCGAGGGCGGAUCUCCAACAUGGGGCUGGAGGGAGAUGUUUUUGAUGAGUUUGUUCAGCGUCAGUCUCGUCUGACACCCGUCUCCUCCCGACGCCCCUCUGUUUCAACACUCCCUGAUUCUGACGACCCCGAAGACUUCGAGAUCCCGGUUCUCCCGCAGGGUCGCCACCUCGUCAUUAAGAUCCUGUCCACGUGGGGCGACCGUCACUACGUCGGUCUCAACGGUAUCGAGAUCUUUUCCUCCAGCGGUGAGCCGGUGACCCCGGUCCACAUCACCGCUGACCCGCCGGACAUCAACAUCCUUCCGGCCUACGGGAAAGACCCACGAGUCGUUACUAACCUGAUGGACGGAGCGCACCGGACGCAGGACGACAUGCACCUCUGGCUCGCCCCGUUCUCUCCGGGUCACAAGCACAUCAUCAGCAUGGAUCUGGGUGUUAGAUGCUCCCUGGCGAUGAUGCGGGUUUGGAAUUACAACAAGUCCAGGAUCCACUCGUUCAGAGGAGCGAGAGAAACGGAAAUGAUCCUCGACGGACGUUGUGUCUUCCGAGGGGAGAUCGCCAAAGCGUCAGGAACGCUCUCAGGAGAAUUGGAUCAGUUUGGCGAUACCAUCCUGUUCACCACAGAUGAUGAGAUCCUGGAGGCCAUGGCGCAGUUUGAUGACACGUUCGGGGGUGAGAUGGAGACGGACGGAGCGGGCGAUGAGGACGAGGAUCUGCAGCGGCCGCAGACGGCUGACGGUGAAGGAGAGGAGAGACCGUUCACACGAGCCGGGUUCAGGACGGAGGACACGCUCAUCCACAUGGAGCUGGAUCACAUGACUGCAGCCGAAGAGGAAACAACGGGACUUUAUACAGGAAGCAUUGUGCAGCUGAAUCUGCUGUCGUCGUGGGGUGACCCUCACUAUGUGGGACUGACGGGGUUAGAGGUCGUCGGUAAGGGCGGUGAGAGUAUCCCUGUUGAUGUUUCUAUGGCAACAGCGUCACCCCGUGACCUCAACGACCUCCCCGAGUACAGCAGCGACCUUCGAACCCUAGACAAGUUGUUUGACGGGAUGAACCUCACCACAGAUGAUAAACACAUGUGGCUGAUUCCCUUCUCGUCCGGUUCUGAUCACACGCUCACCGUGAGGUUCGCUCGGCCGCAGACCAUCGCCGGAUUCAGGAUGUGGAACUACAACAAAUCGCCUGAAGACUCUUACCGAGGGGUGAAGGUUAUGCGUGUGUUCCUGGACGGAGCGUGUAUUUCUCCGAUCGGGGGGUUUCUCAUUCGCAAGGGUCCGGGGAAUUGCCACUUUGACUUUGCACAGGAGAUUCUGUUCAUAGACUACCUACAGAACAACACGAGCACAGCGAGUAACCGAUCGCCCGCUUCGACCAGCGAGAACACAGAGGACGUGCUCGCUCACUGGGCAGGGAACCGGACAGAUGAGCUGGUCAGUGUGGACUAUGAGGCUCCACUGAUGCCAUGUGGAUUUAUCUUCCAGCUGCAGUUGUUGACAUCGUGGGGCGACCUCUACUACAUCGGCCUUAAUGGACUGGAGCUCUACGACCAGAAUGAGCAGAAGAUCCCUCUCAGUGACAACAACAUCGCUGCGUUCCCGGACAGCGUGAAUGUGUUGGAUAACGUGUGCGGUGACGUCCGUACACCUGAUAAACUGAUAGAUGGGGUCAAUGACACACACGACGGGCAACACAUGUGGCUCGCACCGGUGCUGCCUGGACUGGUGAACCGUGUCUAUGUCAUCUUUGACCAGCCAAUGACGGUCUCCAUGAUUAAAUUAUGGAAUUAUUCCAAAACACCUCAGCGAGGAGUCAAAGAAUUUGGGCUCUUAGUUGAUGAUCUGUUAGUGUAUAACGGGGUUUUAGAGUGUGUGAAGAACGUUUCGCGGGGAAUCCUGCCAACCCUGGAUCCUGUCGUCCCUUACCACACCAUACUGUUCACAGACAACACGCAGAUCACACACCGAGAGAAGAGCACAGUCAUCAGCAACCACGUAGAGUACCAGGAUGUGAAGUUGACCAAUGAGAAUCAGAUCAUUCACCAGCACAAGAAGAAACAGACAGCUGACCCAGCUCUGCGGCCUAAAACCUGCAUGACUGACAUACGAAGACACGGAAAGCAGCGAUACUGAGAGUACGACGGCAGGGUGCAGGGUUUUUAAAAGCAGGUUAUGUUUUUCUUUUCCCGUCUUGGAACGUUUGGAAAACUGUGUAACCUCACCACACACACACACACACACACACACACACACUUGAACUGUAUGUUAAAGCUGUGUACAUAUAACAUUUUUUGCUAUGAUGUUGUUGUAUUAUAUAUUGUACGUCUUUUUAAAGUAAGUGUCCUUUGACCAUGUCAUGUGAUUUUUGAUAAAGUCGAUGCAUACUUACAUG